AUGGAUGAGACGAAAACUGAAGAAACGGAUCAGAAGAGUGAAUUAAGUGCAAACGAUAAAUUGAGUGGUGAUGGAAUACCAAUUGGACUAGAAGUUGAAUGUGAGGAAGAGCCGAUGCACGAUGAAAUCGAUUCAAACUCAGGUGAGAGUGCAGUGAAAAAUGUCGAUAUAGAAAAGGUAAACAGUGAAUCUGGAACUGUUAGCGUCGAGUUGGAAUCGGCAAAAACGGAUGAACAGCAAACAUUAUCUGAGGUUUGA